AACAUUAAUCACAUGUAUGAGUUGUCAGAAGGAAGAAACAAUAGAGGAUUUUAGGCCGGAGCUGAGAAUGCGAGCCAUGGGCGAUGAAUGAUGCCGCUGCGCUUGCGAAGUGUCCGCAGGUGACUCACCUGCGCGAACCGGCCGCGUGCUCGCGCUUUAACAAGUCAUGCAGAAUAAAUUCGUCGCGUGCAGAGCAGUGCGCAAAGAAGCAGGAUACGGAUCCGGAAUGGAAGAGUAGCUGAUACAUACACCUGAUCCGUGCAUGCCAUGGGGAACUGCUGGGCUCGAUGUUUUGGGCUCUUUAGAAGGGAAGCUAACAGGAUACAAAGAGGAGGAGGGUCAAAAUACUUCAAAAGCAGCACCGCUGGGGAACACUAUACCAUUGAGUUUGAGAACCUUGUUGAGAGCGAUGAGGGUGAGAGCUCACAAAGCUGCUCCAGACCCAUCAGUGAAGAGGAGAUUGGUCACUUGAAGGAGCAGUGCUAUGCUGCCAUCUCAGACAAACAGGUGCUGAUCGACGAAAAGCUGAAUGCAGAGUUAUUGGCAGAAGAGGAGAAGUUAAGGCUAGAAGAGGAGGCUGUUUUUGCAGCUCAGCGUGAGGCAGCGCGGCUCGCUAUGGAACGAAAGCUAAAGGAGGGGAAGCAGCCACAAAGGACCAAACCCAGAUCAGACCCAAAGAGCAGUGACCCUCGGCACAAAACCAAAGUGUCAGAUGCAGAGUUUGAGGUGUACCUGCAGAGUGUGAAGGCUCAAUCUGAAGCCUUUCGCUGUAACAGACUCAGUUCUGAAACGAAUGUGGUGACCCCAAACACAGAGAGCAGCUGGGACUUCACCAGUAAGACUGACGCCACCUCACUGGACCUGGAAUGGGAGGAUGAGGAGGGAAUUAUCCGGAUGGGUCCUGCAUGGGAGCGUUCCAAAACAGAGGAGGACAUUUUACGGGCAUCACUUCGUCCCGGCGGGAAACAGCUGGACAGUGGCCCCACCUCCACAUCUGAGGACUCUAAUGCUUUGGAGUGGGAGAAUGACUUUGUAAGCGCACAUCCUGAGGACAGUGGUGACCAUGGCGAUGAGGACUUUGAUGGAUUUGUUAAUCCAGUACUGGACACGCCCACUGAGGAGGCGGGGCAUAAGGCCAGCUCUGACGAACAAGAGAGAUAGUCUACAGCAAAAGACAGUGAGACUACAGUAACUUCAAAUGCCUCAUUCAGAUUCAGUGUGAUAUGAUUGCAGACGGUCCCUUAAACCUAAUAAAACUAAACCCAUAAUUCUCAGUGUAGGAGAGAAAAUACAAGGAACACGAAAUGCUUUAUAUCAUUUCUGUAUUUCAGUAUUGGGUGAAUAUCAUGAAAAUCUGAGUCAUGAUCUAUCCCCCCCCCAAAAAAAAAUGUUUUUAUUUAUUUAUUGCAAAAAAUUGCAAAAAAAUCAAUACAAUACAUUUAAGCAUGAUAUUUCUCAAUAUAAAAGGGACAGUUCACCCAAAAAUGAUUUACUGACCCUCAAAUUGUAACAAACGUGUAUGAGUUUCUUCCUUCUGUUUAACAAAAAAAAAAAAGAUAUUUUGAAGAACUGUAACUAGUCAGUUGCUGGUAGCCAUUCACUUCCAGUGUUUCUUACAGGUUUGGAACGACAUGAGGGUAAGUAAAUAAUGACAAAAGUUCUUCUUUGGGUGCACUAUCCCUCUGGGACUAUUUAAAUAAAGGGAUAAGCUCAGUGGUCUCAGCAAAAAAAUAAAAUAAAUAAAUGAAAAAUACUUAAAUCUUAAUGGGACUAGCAAAAGGCUUCAUUUUCUUUAUGUAAAAUCUCAUUUCUUUUGGGAUGUAAUAUGACCUGGUCAUGUUCUUGAUAGAUUUUCACGAGAUUCACUCCAUUAGGUCACAGAUUCAUUAGGAUUUGUGUUCCACAGGUUAAUUUGCUCCUGUUUUGAAUCAUUAGAUUCAUCUUUAAUUUAUUUAUAUUUUGGUAACUGGGUUGAGUUUUUAAAUUAACUCUGGAAAUGUUUUAAUACUUCAUCUGAUAAAAAUGUUUUACUUUAGCCUUAUUUCAGAGGUAUUCAUUGGGGAACUGAAUCAAGAGCAAUUUUAGAAGAUGAGAAAAGUUUCUUGUAAUCCACUGAUGUUUUCCAGACCCAUCAUAAGUUUUUAUUUGUAUGUUUAUUUUUAAGUCAUAUCAGUCAGACCAUCUCUUCUUAUUUAACGUAUGUGACUGUCAGGGAAUGAGUCAAUUGACAGUUUUAAGGAAAAUAAAUAAUUUCUAAAAAUGUA